ACCUUAAAAGAACUAGUAGGCUGCUUAAAAAGUUAUACUCGAUCCCAAAAUGUCCCGUGAAUUUAAAAGACGUUCAACAAACAGAACAAGCACGAUAAUAAGCAGAUUCAUCGGCUCCAGAAAGUCCAAAGCGGUCCGAACUUAUCAACCUACUUAUAGACUUAACCCAAAGAAGCUAUUCGAUGCAGAGAAAAUACAAAAAAUCCUCAAGAGGGUGGUGGACGCAGAGUUGGUGGAAAUUGAGUACAGCGAGAAAGUAGUUCCGGAUUUGUGUUUGAACCUCGCUGAAAUGUUACGUAAUGCCGUGAAAGAAGAAAACUAUGACAGGUACAGAAUCAUCGUAAACGUGUGCAUCGGACAGCGGCGACAGCAAAGCGUCCAUGUUUUUCACACAUUCCUGUGGGAUCACGAACGGGACGCCUUUGCUGCGUACAACUAUGAAAACCCUCACAUCUUUGCAAACGUUGUCGUUUAUGGAGUUUAUUUAGACUAAAUAGUGAAAUAAAUAGUUUAAAUGAAUCUCUAA